ACUCAACAAAUUAUUAUUUCUCUCUGCUAUUCACUAUUUCUUCUCUUCUUUCUGAGUGCUUUCAGCUUCAUCCUCACUCCUCACAGGACUAUCUAAGCUUUCCUAUGUCCAGCCAUGGCGUCCCCAGUAAUUUUGUUUAUCUAACUUACAUCAUUAUUUUCUGAAUCUCCAAAAAAAAACGUUUUUUUUAAAAAUCUUUUUCUAAAGUCUCUUUUUCAUAAGUUGGAACCUUCUUUAUUUUUCCUACUUUCAAUUCUGACCCAAGUUGAUCUUCCUUUUUUUUUUUUAAUUUCAUUUCAACUUCAAAAAGAAAAAAAGAAUGAAUAAACAAUUUUUUGCGAGCAGAAAUAUUUACAAAAAUGAAGAUAAAGAUUGUAUCUUUUUUAUACCCAAUUGCCGUUGUCCAAAGCUUUACAAUAAAGUAAAAUCUUUACUUUAUUCUGGGGAAUAAAAUUUAGAAUGUUCGCCAUUGCUUUGAAGAAAGAUCUCACCUUUUAUAGCGUUAUUAAUUAAUUAAUUUCUUUUAGAAAGUUAGUUGUAAAUGGAAAUUUGCUCAAUGGAUUCUAAGAGAAAGAAAGAAUCGGGCGAGUCAGACGAGUCAAGUGGAAAAUUAAAACACUUCCCGGACGAGGUUUUGGAGGGAGUUCUGGGUCUGAUUAAGUCCCACAAGGACAGGAGCUCAGUCUCUCUGGUCUGCAAGAACUGGUACAAUGCGGAGAGAUGGUCUCGGAGCAGCGUCUUCAUCGGAAACUGCUACUCAGUAUCGCCAGAGAUCUUGGCACGGCGAUUCACAAACAUUCGGAGCGUGACCCUGAAAGGAAAGCCUCGAUUCUCGGACUUCAAUUUGGUUCCCCGCGAUUGGGGAGCCGAUGUUCAAUCAUGGCUGUCGGUCUUCGCCGUCAAGUACCCGAAUCUUGAGGAGCUGAGGCUUAAGAGAAUGAGUGUUAGUGAUGAGAGCUUGGAGUUUCUGGCUCUUUCAUUCCCUAAUUUCAAAGCUCUCUCGCUUUUGAGCUGUGAUGGCUUCAGCACUGAUGGCCUUGCCUCCAUUGCCACUCAUUGCAAAAACUUGGUUGAGCUGGACAUACAGGACAAUGAUGUGGACGACAGAAGUGGUUGUUGGUUGAGUUACUUCCCCGAGUCCUUCACAUCAUUGGAAACACUAAACUUCGCCAACCUAAAUUCUGAUGUCAGUUUUGAUGCUCUUGAGAGACUUGUCAUUAGGUGCAAAUCGUUUAAGACUUUGAAGGUUAAUAAAAAUAUUAACUUGGAACAAUUACAAAAGCUUAUUAGUCAUGCUCCAAGAUUAAUGGAGCUUGGUACUGGUACGUUCACACAAGAUCUCACUGCAAAUCAGCAUUCAGAGCUAGAAAAUGCCUUUAGCAAUUGCAAGAAUCUACAUACACUCUCUGGCUUAUGGGAAACUAAAGCCUUGUAUCUCCCAGUUCUAUAUCCUGCUUGUACAAACUUAACUUUUUUAAAUUUGAGCUAUGCGGUUAUGCAAAGCACCGAGUUUGCAAGUCUUCUGUCUCACUGUCCGCGUCUUCGUCGUCUUUGGGUUCUUGACACGGUAGAAGAUAAGGGACUCGAGGCCAUUGGAACUCACUGUCCUCUGCUUGAGGAACUCCGUGUUUUUCCUGAUAAUCCCUUUGAUCCUGAGGUUAUCCAUGGGGUGACUGAAUCUGGAUUUCUGGCAGUGUCCUUUGGCUGCCCCAAACUCCAUUAUGUACUCUACUUUUGCCGGCAAAUGACAAAUGUUGCAGUAGCAACCAUUGUAAAGAACUGUCCUGGCUUCACUCACUUCCGUCUCUGCAUAAUGGACCCUAGAAAGCCAGAUUACUUGACAAACGAGCCUAUGGAUGAAGCUUUUGGUGCAGUGGUGAAGACUUGCACUAAGCUCCGGAGGCUUGCAGUUUCAGGUUUAUUGACUGACUUAACGUUUGAGUAUAUUGGGAAGCAUGCCAAAAAUCUGGAAACCCUUUCAGUGGCUUUUGCUGGUAGCAGUGAUUGGGGGAUGCAGUGUGUGCUGAGUGGUUGUCCAAAGUUGAGGAAACUUGAGAUAAGAGACUCACCAUUUGGGAAUGAAGCUCUUCUUUCGGGUAUAGAUAAGUACGAAUCCAUGAGGUCGCUUUGGAUGUCAGCUUGCAAGGUCACAACGAGUGCCUGUCGUCUCUUGGCCAGAGAGAUGCCUAGGCUGAAUGUUGAAGUAAUCAACGAUGAAGGGAGUGGUGACAUGGUUGCUAAUAAAGUUUAUGUUUACCGUUCUGUUGCCGGGCCUAGAAGGGAUGCUCCUCCUUUCGUUCUUACUCUCUGAAAUUUCCAAACAACAUAAUAAUAGAUGAGAGAUGUUUCCACGUAUAGAGAUUGGAAUACUCCCUCAUACAGCUGAAGUUACUGAAUAUGAUGAAAGUGAAAACGAAGAGCGAUCAGAAUCACUACUUGGAAAUUGUUCAUUUGUUUGUCUUAUAAUGACAAAUCUGAAAGUAAUAAAUAGAAAUAAAGACAUAAACAGAACUUAUUUCUGCACAGCCUCCAUCUCAGGGAUCAAGUUUUCUUCAACGUUUGAAUUAACUUCAACCCUGAAGAGCAAGAAGGCAAGGCUGCCGAUGCAGAAAUAGAUGAAACACCCCUGGCGGUGCGUGACAAAGGAACCGAAAUCGUUUCCCACUAUGCAUUGCCACCCGUGUCCAUGGGAUUCAUCAAAAUCCUGCAUCAAAACAACAAGCACUCGGUACCAAGUUCGUACAAGAACAUGGAAAGAAGAAAAAAAAAAGGUCAAAUCUCUAUGCAUUUGGAAGAGUACUUCAUCACCUUCUUAAUGAAGUGAGCAAUGUUGGUUGUUUCAGCGAUGUCAAACACGUCCAGGGCCUUUGCAGCCAAGCGAAGCGCGUCUUGCUGCAUGACUUGAAGCAUGUCAGUCUCUCCAAUGAUGGCUUUGCCUUCUAACAUGGCUAAGAGAAAGGAAAAAAAGAAA